CCAGUCCACUGAUCCGCUCCGCUUCCACACACAGUCAACUGCUCUGUCCGGGGACGAAUCUGGGAAGAUGGCGGCAGAGGAUCGGUCCAGGUCGGACGCCGCUCGGAAGAAGCGCCGGGAGCAGCUGAGCCGAUGGAACGGCUCGGAAACGGACCGGUCCGAAGCAGAGUCGCGGGAUCGGCCCGUGGGAACAGGCCAGUCUCGGUACCGGGUCCGCUUCGCUCAGGGAGCCGUGUUCAUGGCAGCUUGCUCGGCGGGCGAUCGGGAGGAGGUCCUGGUUUUGCUUCAGCAGGGCGCUAGUAUCAACCACACGAAUGUGGACGGGCUAACAGCGUUACACCAGGCCUGUAUUGAUGAGAAUCUGGAGAUGGUGGAGUUUCUGGUGGAGCACGGAGCGAACGUGAACCAGCCCGACAAUGAGGGCUGGACCCCCCUGCACGCUGCCGCGUCCUGCGGCUUCACAGAGAUCGCGGGGUUCCUGAUCAAGAAGGGGGCACGCGUGGCGGCGGUGAACAGCGAGGGCGAGCUGCCCCUGGACGUGGCGCAGGAGUCGGCCAUGGAGAGGCUGCUGCAGGCUGAGAUCAAGAAGCAAGGGGUGGAUGUGGAGUCGGCUCGUCAGGAGGAGAAGAGGAUGAUGCUGCAGGAUGCUCAGCAGCUUGUCAAUCAGGGCAAGGUCACGGUGAGCCGGCACCCCAAAACCGGCGCCACUGACCUCCACGUCGCUGCAGCCAAGGGGUACCUCGAGGUCAUCAAGCUGCUGCUGAAGGCUGGGUUCGAUGUGAAUGUGAAGGAUAAUGAUGGCUGGAGCUCCCUGCAUGCUGCAGCGCACUGGGGCCAGGUGGAGGUGUGCCGGCUGCUGGGGGAGAGUCUUUGCGACAUGCAGGCCGUCAACAAAGUGGGUCAGACUGCCUUCGACGUGGCCGAUGAGAGCCUGGUGGAAAUGCUGGAGGAGCUGCAGAAGAAACAGGCCCAGUUGCGGAUUGAGAAGGAGAAGCAGGCCAAGCUGCAGCCGGCCGUCAUCGAGACGAGCCCGCAAUCCCAGAGUGCCCUGGGCCGCACACGCAGGAGCUCUAUUUCUCGUAUGAGCAGCAAAGAGAAGAUCUCUCUGCAUGACAAGGAGAGGCGUGCCCUGGAGACACUCGAACCUGUGGCCUUCGAGGGAGUGGAGGAGGAGAAGAGAGCAGAGGGGGAGUCGAGCAGCUCCAGUUCAGAGGAGGAAUCUGACACAGAGUCCGAGACAGAGUCAGAAAAAGUAAAAACUCGUGAAAUGAUCAAUAACUUGAACAACAAACUGAACAGCUCUGCUAUCGCCAGCAUCACCGUGGCAACCAGUGGACUCAGCAAGAAGGGCUCCAGCCCCCCCGGCAAGCCCCCUGCAGCCCCUCGCUCUGCCACGGGUGGGGCAGAAGAGGAGAGAAAGGACGGAGCAGCACCCCCUACCUCCUGGAGGGGGUCUCUACGUAAAACGGGCAGCUACGGGGCCCUGAACAGCACUGCCACCCCUGGGGGGCAGGAGGAGAGCAAGGACAGGGACAGCAGAGGGGGGGUCUCCCGGUCCGCGUCCAGCCCCCGGCUCACCGGCACAGAGACAGAGGCCAGGGAUGGAGAGAGCAGGGAGCCCCGCCUGGCCCGGGUCCCCCCCACCCCUAGCCGACGUCUCUUCAGCAUCCCGGACAGCAGCCAGGAGCCCCCCAGCAGCAGCUCGUAUCCACGGCAACCCGCGACGGGCGACAGCAGUGAUGUCACGGGUGCGCUCGCCAGGAGCAGCUCCUACACGCGCCGCCUCAACAGCCAAUCAGGGAGCGAGGUCACCAGCUCCGCCCCUGGCUUCCAGCGCAGCUCCUCCUUCGGACGCAAAGCAGAGGAUUCUGGGACGACUUCCACAUCCUCAGCCCUCAGCCGACUCAACGCCCUGACAGCGCAGAGGCUUGCACGGCAGACGGAGGAUAAAGACUCAGUUUCCACGACAACUCCGACUUCAUCGUCGUCCAGCGCGACCGACAGCACCCAGAGCGAGGCCAAGGAGCGUCGCAGGUCGUACCUGACCCCAGUGCGAGACGAGGAGGCUGAGGCCCAGAGGAAGGCGCGAUCCCGACAUGCCCGGCAGUCCCGGAGAUCCACGCAGGGAGUCACUCUGAUGGACCUGCAGGAGGCUGAGAAGACGAUGAAGGGACAGCAGGAGGCGAGAGCGACCGAGGAGGAGAGGAAGAGAGAGGAGGAGGAGGAGAGAGCGGAGGCACUGAGCAAGCACCGAGCUAGCAGGACUGGAGAAGAGGGGGAGGUCAGCUGGAGGUCACGCAUUGCGAACCUGCAGAAGUCGGACCUGCUGGGCCUCACGACCCCAGCUGACCCCAGCCGACCUGCCAGAGCCGAGGAGAGCAAAGAGCCUCAGCAGAGCACCUCAGAGGAGAAGGAUGACAAGCUGGGGCCGGGAGUGAGAGACCGACGCAGACCACGAGGAAAGAGAAGAGGAGAGGGACUGAACAACAUGAUUGAUGACGAGGAGGACACCGGAGAGGAAGAGGGAGGGGGCCGGUCCGAGCAGGCUGACAGGCUCAGCAGGGGUGAGCUGAUGGCCAAUGACAGGAUUGCUAGCCGUGGCUCCUCCCUCUACUCUCGCUCUAGCUCCGCCUAUUCUCGCUCUGACCCCUCCGAGAUGGACAGGAAGGACUACAAGAAGCUCUAUGAGGAGAUGAGCAGGGAGAAUGCCCGGCUACAGUCCCAGUUCCAGGACUCCCAGAAAAAGAUCAUCCAGACCAAAGGGGAACUGGACAAGGCCAGCCAGAUGCAGGAGCGCUUUGCAGACCGCUCUGUGCUGCUGGAGAUGGAGAAGAAGCAGGAGCGCCGAUCCCUGGAGAGGAGAGUCUUAGAGCUGGAUGAAGAGAUGGAGGUCUUAUCGAAUCUGAAGGCUGACAACCAGCGCUUGAAAGAUGAGAAUGGAGCUCUGAUCCGCGUAAUCAGCAAGCUGUCCAAAUAGCGCCACCCGGUGGAGACUUGUGGCAGGACGAGAGGGAGAGAGAGACUGUCCGCCUAUUCUGUCCAUCUGUGUCGGCCGCCAUGUGUUCCAGUGCCAAAGAGAGAAGGAAGAGGAGGAAGGAGGGAAAGAAAGAAAUAAGAAACAAGUCAACCAGCUGACAUUUAACACACUGACACACAUACAAACACACACACACACUGACACACACUUGCCAAAAUACACACGCUGACACACACUUGCCAAAAUAUGCACGCUGACACACACUUGCCAAAACGCACCCACACACUGACACACAGGUGCACGGACACAUAGACACUCGUCAAAACGCAAGCACACACUGACUCACUCACGUGCAUGGACACAGACGCACAGUGACACACAAAACACACACUCGCCAAAACACAAACACUGACACACACACACAUACUCAUACACGUGCUCAAACGUGCCAGUCCAUUCUUGCUUGAAUUUGAUUAAAGUAUAUAUGGGUGUUUGUCCCAAAAAAUGUAUUUCCAAUCCCAUAUAAAGGUUUCCCACAGUAAAAGCACAGCACAGUGUAAUAAACCAUACUGAA